AGGCCCCGCUGCCCCCUCCCCGCCCCACCAUGGACUGGAGUUGGUGGGGGCGUCCCACCCAGGCCAGGCCAGAGGGCAGGCCUUGCGCAUCUGACUGCCCGCCGGGGCAUGGCGUGGCACUUAGCUGUUUCACUCGCUCACGGAACAACUGCUGUGUGCGGCGCCCCCCGCUGGGACUUGCAGGGGAGAGGGGGAGAGAGGAAUCCCAGGGUGCAAGUUAUCUGCGGGGACGUGCAAGGUCCCUAACCUACGAUGACGCGGGACAGAACAUAGUAACAGGCAAAGCCUCGGGGGUCAGAAGAGUCUGAGGACGCUCCAGACCGGGAACGCCGGGAGUCGUUCCUGGAGGGGACAAGAAGGCGGGGCGGGGAUUCAAGAGGCGGAAGUGGAGAAGGAUUUGGGCGAGGGAGAGCUGGGCCGGCAGCAGCGGGGUAGGAGGCCAGGGGAGCCCGUUGCUGGUGUGUUAGCUGCACAGGUUUGAAUCGAAGCAGAAGGGAGUUGGAGGCCUUCGGGGAAGCAUUUGGGCCCUUGGGGAAACAUGAAGAGAUGUGCUUUGGGAAGGGCGGUUUGUUCUCUGUUUGUGACUAUGAGAUUAGACAGAAGACGGACCACAGGAAAAUCAGUUAGUUGAGCGUCAGAGGAGAAAAGAGAACGCAGAAGUUAAUUCUAGAAGGGAACGUCUAAUGAGCCCAUCCGUCGGGAGGUACCUGAACCCGGAGACAGCGUGGGGCGCGCCGACGAUCCCCCCGCGGUUACAGGAAAGCUGGACUUGGAUCGGAGCUGGGGCCCCGUCUCCUCGGCCGGUCUCUCCACGUCUGGUGCCCCCAGGCCUCCGGUCGGGCGCUGACUCUCCCGGGUGCCUGGUCGGUGGCGCUGAUGGAGCCCGCGGCCGCCCCCUGCUGCCGCGCGCGGGGCUCGCUUCUCUUCUUGGCGCUCCUCUGCGGGUGUGCCCUGCUCUCAGCCCAGUUUACUGUCGUGGGUCCAGCUGACCCAGUCCUGGCCAUGGUGGGAGAAGACACCACGUUUCACUGCCACCUGUCCCCCGAGAAGAACGCUGAGGACAUGGAAGUGAGGUGGUUCCGGACUCACUUCUCGCGGGCAGUGCUCGUGUACAAGGGUGGACGAGAGAGAACCGAGGAACAGCUGGAGGAGUUCCGAGGAAGGACGACCUUUGUGAGCGACGGCAUCAAACAGGGGAGCGUGGCACUCGUCAUACACAAUGUCACAGCGCACGAGAAUGGCAUCUACCACUGUUACUUCCAAGAAGGCAGGUCCUACGAUGAGGCCAUCAUGCGGCUGAUGGUUGCAGAUGGCUGCCGUCUCACUGUGUCCUCACAUGGUCCUCCCUCUGUGUCUUCACGUGGCCUUUCCCUGUGUGGACCCACCCCUGGUAUCUUUCUCUGUGCUGAUCUCUUCACAGCCCAAGGCCUGGGCUCCAAGCCCCUCAUUGAAAUGAAGGGCCAUGAGGACGGGGGCAUCCGGCUGGAGUGCACAUCCGUAGGGUGGUACCCAGAGCCCCACGCGGUGUGGAGGGACCCUUACGGUGAGAUCAUGCCCGCCCUGGAGGAGGCUUACACUGUGGACGCCGACGGCCUCUUCACGGUCACCGUGGCCGUGAUCAUCAGGGACUGCUCUGUGAGGAACGCGUCCUGCUCCGUCAACAGCACCCUGCUUGGCCAGAAGAAGGAAACUGUGAUUUUCUUUCCAGAAUCCUUGCCCCCCAGCACACUCCCCCGGAUGGCAGGCCUCGCUGCCCUCCUGCCUUCUCUGCUGCUCCUCGUCGCUGGAGUCCUCUGUCUCGCCAGGAAAGUCCACCGGGAAAAAGAGGUUGAGAAUGAAGAGAGAGAAACUGCAUGUCAGGAACUGGGGAAAGAAGAUGUGGAAAAAGAGAAAGAACAUGAGAUCAGAGAGCAACUUCAAGAAGAACUGCGAUGGAGAAGAAUCCUGCUACAUGCCGCUGACGUGGUCCUAGACCCAGACACGGCACAUCCUGAGCUGUUCCUGACAGAGGACCGGAGAGGUGUGAGGCGAGGCCCCUCCAGGCAGAGUGUGCCUGACAACCCCGAGAGGUUCGACUGCCGGCCCUGUGUCCUUGGCCUGGAGAGCUUCUCCUCAGGGAGGCACUACUGGGAGGUGGAGGUUGAAAACGUGAUGGUGUGGGCUCUGGGGCUUUGUAGAGACAAUGUCGAGAGGAAAGGAGAGGCCUUACUGGUUCCUCGGAAUGGCUUCUGGACCCUGGAGAUGUUUGGAAACCAAUACCGGGUCCUGUCUUCCCCCGAAAAGAUCCUCCCCCUGAAAGAGCGCCUUCGCCGCGUGGGCAUCUUUCUGGACUACGAAGCUGGAGAUAUCUCCUUCUAUAACAUGAGGGACCGGUCACACAUCUACACGUGUCCCCGCUCACCCUUCUCUGGGCCUUUGAGACCCUUCUUCAGGCUGGGGUCUGAUGACAGCCCCCUCUUCAUCUGCCCAGCCUUCACAGGGGCCCGGGGGGUCGCGGUGCCCGAGGGCGGCCUGAUCCUUCACAGGACGGGGACCCAGCGCAGCCACCAGGGUCAGUUCCCUGGUCUCAGAGCCAAGUAGAGGGCCCCGGCACCCCUGGCAGGAAACGGGUCAUGUCAAGAACCGCCUCCAGAGGCCUCCUGGACACCCUCUUCAGGCCCAGCCCUGCCUGGCCCUCAUCAGGCUGUUGCUUUCCCGAUUCAUUUGCUGGUGACCACGGGGGCACGGGCCGGUCUCGGAGCCGUGCUGCCACACGGCUCCCAACCUGGAAGAAAGCGGGAGACAGUGACGGGUUUUAACAUCAGCGUGACACAGUCAGCCUGAUGCCCGGGCACCAGGCUCUGUGGACUCGGGGUGAGGGACACAGGACCCACUGUAAGGGGAGGGAAACCAUAACAGGAGGUCAGGGAUGGGAAGCCAAGCCUGGGGGGUGGGAAGGGACAAGGGCCUGGGUGCUGUCCAGCCUCAGUUACAGCUAUGGGGGCUGGAGAGCUGGUGGUCCCAUUUCUAUCCCUCCCCCCACCCCCCACCCCCCCCGGAGAUUUCCAGAUUGCACUCCUAGCCUAGAACUGAGCUGAAGAAAGAUGAAAGAUGAAGACCCGCGUUGGCCUGGCUCGGGUGUCCCCUCAAUAAACUGGGAGUCAGUACUCAGUGACUGAGUAUGGCUUAAGGGUUAAGGUCACAGCUGAGCUGGUGAGAACUGCCCCGAGUGGAUCGCAAGGUUCAGGUUCAGUGGGCAAAGCAGCAGUUUCCAACGUUUUGACCUCAGGCCACUUAAGUAAGAUACCUCAAAAGUUAUUGAGGACCCCAAAGAGUCUUGCUCACUUGGGUUAUAUCUGUGAACAUUUAUGGCAUUGAAGGUUGAAACUGAAACAUUUAAAAACUGUAUUUAUAAUUUAUAUGAAAAUAGCAAUAAUAAACCAACGAUAAGUUAAUAGGAAAAACAUGUUUUAUGAAAAACCACUUGUUUCCAAAGCAAAAUAAAUGUUAUUGAGAAAUGUGGCAUUCUUUAAGGUUUCUGCAAGGCUAAUGUCUGGCUUCUCCUAAAAGAUGGGCUGCACCUUCACAUCUGCU